AGAGUAGAAGAGAGUUCAGCUUCAGUUCUGAGACGUUGCUUGCUGCCUCGUUCUGUGGCGGAGAAGGGAUGAGAAGUUUACAACUGAUUCUGCAAUGAGCAAGCAGCUACUGCAAAGCAAGAUGCCUCUGGAGUUCAGGAGCAUGUGCGUCCUCCUUCCAAACCGAGAGCAGCUCAGUGUGGCUGUAGGGGUAAAAGCCACUGGACAGGAACUCUUCCAGAAAGUUUGUGACUUACUGCAAAUUAAAGAUCCUCACUUCUUUGGUAUCAGUGUUCUAAAAAACAAUGAAUAUGUAUUUAUUGACCUGGAGCAGAAACUUUGCAAAUACUUUAUAAAGGAGUGGAAGAGAGAGACAAGCAAAGGAACAGAGAAGUUCAGCCCUCCCUUGGUUACGUUCCUUAGAGUACAGUAUUAUGUGGAAAAUGCACGGGUUAUAAGUGACAAAGUAGCACGACACUAUUACUAUUGUAAUCUCAGGGAACAAGUACUGAGAUCUCGAUGUGCAAACAAAGAAGAAAUCUACUUCCUGCUGGCUGCUUAUAGUCUGCAAGCUGAUGUGGGUGACUACCAAGAAAACUUACAUUGUCGGAACUAUUUUCAACCUCAGACUUAUUUUCCACAGUGGAUAAUUGCAAAGCGAGGGAGUGAUUAUAUCCUGAAGCAUGCUCCAGAGAUCCACCGUGAACAGCAAGGCCUGACCACAAGAGAAGCUAUUUUGAAAUACGUCAAGGAGUCCUGUUUGCUAGAGGAUGUGCCUGUUCACUUCUACAGAUUGCAGAAGGAUAAGAAAGAGGACCGCCCAACCAUCAUCCUGGGCCUGACGCUCAAAGGUAUACACAUUUAUCAGGAUGUGAACCACAUUCGAGAGCUGCUCUAUGACUUUCCCUGGUCACAUAUUGGGAAACUCGCAUUUCUGGGGAAAAAGUUUGUGAUCCAGCCAGAUGGGUUGCCAUCUGCCCGGAAACUGAUUUACUAUACUGGUUGUCCCUUCCGGUCUCGGCAUUUGCUUCAACUGCUCAGCAACAGCCACCGGCUAUUUCUUAACAUCCAACCCGUGCUUAAGCAGAUCCAGAUGCUGGAAGAUGCAGAAGAGAAAAAACGGUAUCGAGAAUCUUACAUCAGUGACACAUUGGAGAUGGAUCUUGAUCCAUUAGACAAACGUUCACAUGACAGCGGAAGCAGUAGAGGAAGCGAAAGGAACAAUCGUCUGUCUCGGCAGUCAACAGAUAGCCAUAGCAGUUCACACACAUCUGGCAUUGAGGCCGACUCGAGGCACCGGAUGUCUUUGGAAAUGUCCGUGGAUGAACCCCUCAUUAUGGAUCAGGUUCAUCAGAAGGAGAAGUCCUGUAGCUCAGCUAUUAGCUAUGGCACCUCAGGCACUGAGAGCAGUGGCAAAGACAAAGAUGACUCCCAGGAUGAUGAGGUUGAACUGGUUGUGGAUGAACUUCACUCAGAAGAGGUCAUGAAUGGAAUGCCUGUAGAUUCUCUUCCAAUAGAUGAUGUUUGCUGCCCAGCCUUCGAUAAGAGCCCUCUUUCUGUAGUACAAGUCACUUUAAUAAAGGUCAGAGGACAAAGUGUGGAAUCCCUUAGUCAGCAGGUAGCACAAUCCAAAUCUAUGAAGUGUCCAGACCUGCACAGUCAAAGUUUGGAUGACAUCCGUCUUCACAAGCAUCUUCAUCCACCAUUAAGUGCCACAUUAUCUUCAGAUACCUCCCACAGCUACACAUUUGGUUGUACCUUAAAUGAUAAGCUGGCCAGCUAUGGAUGUGUAUAUUCGACGGCUGACUGCAAAACCAAGUCAGCCCUCUAUGGGAAGAGGUCUAUGAACUGUUUGUCUCUGGAUCUUUUGGGAGAAGAUCCGCUGCCAGAGGAAUUUGUGGUGUAGUCAUAUCAGAAGAGCUCUUGGACUAUCUUGGAGAGGAACUACCACACACAUAUAAAAAUGACUACUGUUUAAACCUGUGAGAAAAGAAAGCCGUCUCAUAUACCUCAAAAUCUGGAAUGCUUCCCCUUCAUUCUUGUUGCAGGUGAUAAAAACCUCUCUGUCUUUUCAUUUUUCUGUCUAGUAGACAUAAUUAAAGCAUAGCUUCCUGAAUGCUGUUAUACCAGGUUUCCUGUGCUUCUCUCAGUUAACAUCUGAGGAAUCUUGGACGAUUGGCUUUCAUACUAAAAAGAGUGAUAGGCAAAUAAGCCAAAAUAUCUGAUAAGCUAGUAGGGAACACAGAAAUAUUUGUCUGGAUUGCUCCAAUUGUGGCCCAGAGUACCGACCACUUGGUCUUCAUGUUGUUACAGUAUGUAAGGAACUAGUUUUCCUCAAAUGUACCAGUCAGAAUUUCUAAUACUCCAUUGUCAUUGUCUUGAUAGAACAAGGAUUCUGCCUUACGUUAUAUGCAAUUUUCUUCUCCCAAACCUGUCCCUUGUCACCAUGUCACAGAGUUGGAAGGGACCAAAAAUCCUGACUAAAACAUGCCCAUGCAAGCCAUUUCUUGCAAAAAAGAGAAGAGGAAUAGCAGCAGAAAGUAAGGACAACUAGAGGACAUACAAAGCCCCCAGAUGAUGUAUUGAUGAUCUAAACUGACCAAUAAGUUUCAAUUUUACACUUACACUGAAUAAUCUGCCUUGAAUCCUAGUGGGAAAGGCAGACAAUAAAUAACAAAAUAAAUAAAUAUUUAAAAUUCAGGGGCUAAGAGUUUUAUGCCUUGAUCUAGUAGAGCAAUACAACAUUAAAUGUUCCCUUUGAUCAGUAAGUUCCUCAGCGCAAGAGAUUCCCUCUGCUUGAGUUCUACAAACAUGAUUCUUCAACCUGAAAUUCAUAUGCAGUUUGCUAUUUCAAAGGGAAUCUUGCUCAGUCUUCUUUGUGGUUGCUACUUUUACGGAGGCAAAAAAGUGUUACACAGUGAAGAGCUGCUCCUCUCUUGCCCUUCCAUCCCAACCGUUUGGCUUUGGUGGCAGGGGGCAAAUGUGGCUCCUGCUUCUCCCUGCCUAUUAUCUCAUGGGUGGGGACCUGCUCCCACUCCCCUACCUGCAGGUCUCCAGAUGGGGAGGAACUGAGAUGGGGAGGAACUAAGCCUGGCUUCUCCUCCCCUAUCCACCAAAGUACGUUGACAGUCUGCACUUGUACAGACAUGUUUCUUUGUUUCAGGAAGUUUUAAAGCCCCCUACAUUUAUGUAAAGCAUUCAGAUUUUUCUGCAAAACUAGGGAGUCUCCUUGGUUUGAACAAAAAUGUUUCCCUUCUGAACCUGGCCCCAUUCACUUGCUCUGUCAAUCAGCACAGGAACCAGGGUUAGAAUUAGAUGUAUUGAUAAUACACCCUUGAACAUUGACUAAUCUCGAUUCUAAAAUAUUGGCUAAUGUAGUUUUGCUUAAUUUCUUAAUUAUGUUGUCUUAACUUCUAGUUUAACUUUCUUAGUUUGUCUUAUUUUUUAGCAGGAGUGCAAAGCAGCUAUUUCAUAUACUUCCUAUAUGAUUUGUUUUCCUGAGGACCAGUUCACACAUGCUUUUCAUCACUUGUUGACAUCAAGUGGCAAUGACUUGCAUAUCUGAGUGACCCAUUAUACAAUACUUUUCAAGGGAAACAGUUUCACACACAGUUGACUUUAUGGGCUAGUUUUUUGCCUGGAAUUUUCUAUUAUGUCAAGUGGGAACAAGAUUUUAGAAUAUAUUUAAGACCAUAUACAAUAUUUGAAUAGUAUUGGUCUUUUUCAUAACAGAAUAUGCCAGACUUCCUUAGUUGAAGAUUUCUUUGCAGACUGAUUGUUUACUGCCGCCACCACCAUCAAACUGCAAAACUGGAAAAGUUUGUGAAAUCCAUACAAGUUCUCUUGCAACAGCCUCAUAGUAAUAAAUGGAAGCUUUUUUUGUAUAGUUUGUAGGAAAGAAUUUCCCAGCGGAUUGUGCCAUCUGUCUUCUUCCACCAGCCUGACAUCUACCAAACCAACUGUUAAUUCUCUAAACACUUUAAAAUUGACAAACCUAUUUAGUGAAACUGCUACAUUGUUUCCAAGAUAUUAUGCCAGUCACCUUCAUAUUUGGGUUACUUUUAUAUUUAACUAGUUCCUUUGUAUGUUGCCCAUUGCUCAAACCUGAUAUAUAUUUCCUAGGAACUCUGUAUUUCUAUCCAUAUAUUCAUAUUUAUUUGUAGUUAGCAAGAAUGAAAAACCUGCAACCUUACAUACCUUGUCUUGAUUCCUGAAAGUAGAGAUGAUGGGUUCGGGGGGGAGGGGGGAGGAGACACCAAAUUGUAUCUAGUGUGAAGGCUAUUCUUAUGGACAAUCAUGGGCCCAACAGUGAUUCUACCAGUUAAGCAUUUUAACAUAUCUAACUCUUUUUGAUUGAAAUCAGUGCUGAACUUUGGCUGGAUUGCACCUAGGGUAACAUGAGAACCAGCCCUGGAGACGAUUCACAGCUUGUCUUAAUGAAAAUGCUUCAGCUACUCUGAUAUAUUUUCACUCACGUGAAGAAUUCUGAUGUAUUUUUUAUUUUGAUCUUGAGGUUCUGUUCUAGUUUUAUGUUUAGCUUAGUAGUUGCAUGGGGUAAAAAGAAAACCCCUUUUAUUGUACUGACAAUAUGGAAACCAACUGUCAAUACUUGUUCAGCCACAAGAUAUUGUUGCAGUCAUUCUAUAUUCCUCCUUUCCAUGAAAGGACAUCUUUUGUAUGGGGAAAAAUACACACGUGUGUAUACACACAAUCACACACACACACAUAUAUAAUGUACAUGCCUAAUAAAAAAAG